AAGUGCUAUACAAAUAUGUAUUAUUAUUUUUAUUAUUAUUAAUAAUGGAUCCUUCAUUGCAUACAAUUACAGCAAAGUAAAGUAAAUACAGUCGUACUUCACCACUUUAUAGUUUGAACAUCUUGUCCUCAUUUCAUUUUUUUGUUUUUUAUGAAAGGGUCGCCAUUGUGUGGUUUUCAAGUGGACAGGAAGUGAUGUUUGGGGGUUCAGAGUUUAUGUACGACUUCUAAUAUCACCAUUUUUUUUGGAAAUUUGUGAAAUGAAUCAGAAAAAAGCCAAAAAAAACCAUACAAACUUCAUUCUUGUGAAUUUACAACUCUUAUUAUAUGUCCAUAUUUGGUCAUAUGAGUGUUAAGUUUACUCUAGGGUUGUUAUUAAUGUCCUGAAUUUAAAAGGUCUGAAAUCAUCACGAAAAAUGAAACCUAAAUAAAAACCAAAAGACAUUCAAAACAAUAAAUAUUGUAUGUGAACACAAUGAAAAGUAGAAUUAGUGAAAAAAAAAACGGAAGUUGCCUCCAUCGCAGUGCCGCGUUAAGCAGGUUCCGGGUGUUUCACCUACUCAGUAGUCGGGAGUGGCUCGGGUCCACUCGGGUCGACUCGGGCGAGUCCGCUUCCGCGCCUGCGCACCAACGCGCAAUGAUCAUAGGUUAGCUUACAGGAGCCGAAGCAAUGGACUUAUUGUAGCUCUCUGAGUGGACUGAACGACUAAAUAAGAAUCAAACUUUUCAUUGUCGGUUUUUUAGUCUUCAGCAGUCAUGACCAAACGUGUCAGGCCGGGAUAUUAUCGACAGGAAAUCAACAAAACCGCAUGGGAAGUUCCGGACAGGUACCGUGAUCUCAAGCAGGUGGGGACCGGGGCGUACGGAACCGUGUGCUCAGCCGUGGACUCCAGAACGAGAAGCAAAGUAGCCAUCAAGAAACUCUAUCGACCUUUCCAGUCGGAGCUCUUUGCCAAGCGAGCCUACAGGGAACUUCGGCUCCUCAAACACAUGAAACAUGAAAACGUGAUUGGUCUAGUAGAUGUCUUCACUUCAGACCUGUCUUUGGACAAGUUCCAUGAUUUUUACCUGGUGAUGCCGUUCAUGGGAACAGACCUGGGAAAGCUCAUGAAACUGCAGAGGCUGUCUGAAGAAAGAAUUCAGUAUCUGGUGUAUCAAAUUCUCAAGGGGUUAAAGUACAUCCAUUCUGCCGGUAUCAUUCACAGGGACCUCAAACCAGGAAACCUGGCCAUUAACCAAGACUGCGAGCUCAAGAUCUUGGACUUUGGUCUGGCCCGGCAGGCGGACAGCGAGAUGACGGGGUACGUGGUGACCCGCUGGUACCGAGCCCCGGAGGUCAUCCUGAGCUGGAUGCACUACACCCAGACUGUGGAUAUUUGGUCCGUGGGUUGCAUCAUGGCGGAGAUGUUGCUAGGAAAACCUCUUUUUCGGGGCAACGACCACCUCAAUCAGCUGACAGAGAUCAUGAAGAUCACAGGAACGCCUUGUCAGGAAUUUAUCGCGGAACUCGAGUCGGAGGAUGCCAGAUGCUACAUCAAAAGUCUUCAGAAGGUUGAGAAGAAGGACCUUCAGAAGGUGUUCCCUAACACUAAACCACAAGCGGUGUCUGUGCUGGAGCGCAUGCUUCUGCUGGACCCGGGAAGCAGAGUAUCGGCGGCGGACGCCCUACUGCUGCCGUACUUUUCCGAAUUUCGGGAACCCGAGGAGGAGACGGAGGCUCAGCCGUACGACCACUCGCAGGACAACACGGACCAACCCCUGGAACAGUGGAAACGUCACACCUUCACAGAGAUCUUAACCUUCAAGCCGGUCGUUACAGAAUCCAAGGAAACUUCUCUGUAGAACUCGGCAUCGAGUCCGGCAUCAAGGGGUUUUCCUUUGACCCCCCCCCCCAACCCCAAGCCAAGGUUUGCCUCCACGAACACGAACCUCAACCGCAUGAGGAGACCAGGAUCUCAGGAUCUGAGAGGAACCGAUCCCAUCACUUUGUUGUGAUCUCCAUGGGGCUCAGGUACAUAAAUACUUAGAAAUAGUACUUAAAAUACGCAGAAAGAGUCCUUCAUAUAUACUAUAAUAUACUAUAAUAUACUAUAAUAUACGAUUUGUAUUGAUUUAUAUUACACGCUUUUUUAACAGGAUUUUUGCGGGAAAUAUUUGGAAGUUUUUAUCAACUUUAUGUCAUAAUUCCAAUUUAGCCUUGGAAUGUUUUUUUUUCUUUCCGGAUUUGGGAAAACGGACUUCCAUACGCUUUUGAUGUAUCUUCCACAAUAUUAAUACUUUUCACUAUUUUUUUUUUUUUUUUACAUUGAAAUAUUGUUUUUUGGUACGCUUAUUUUUUCAUUCUCAAUCAAUAACUUUUUAAUGGCUCAACAAUAGAAAUGCUAACAUGCUAAAGAAGAUGCGGCGCACGUCCGCUAGCAUGACACAGCGGUGCUUUGUUCAUAAAAACAAUAGCGUGGGUUUUUAUUGGG